AUGAAGAGUUUGUUGUUUUGUGUUGUGUACUUAGAGCUUGUCUGGUUUGGUUAUGGCCAGGACCAAUCUAGAAAUCAUCAUCCUCUUUCUCCAGCGUUCUUCAUCUUUGGAGAUUCUUUAGUUGAUAGUGGAAACAACAACUACAUUCCCACUCUAGCAAAAGCUAACUAUCUCCCAUAUGGAAUCGAUUUUGGCUUCCCCACAGGACGUUUCUGCAAUGGCCGUACUGUUGUUGAUUAUGGAGCAAUGUACCUCGGUCUGCCAUUGGUGCCACCAUAUCUAUCUCCUGUAUCAAUUGGGCAAAACGUCUUGAAAGGAACUGGUCAACAUUAUGGAGCAAGAACUACACUCAAUGGACAGAUAUCACAGUUUGAGAUGACCAUCGAGUUUAAGCUCCAGCCUUUCUUUCAAAACCCUGCAGAUCUUAGAAACUAUCUUGCUAAAUCGAUUAUUGCGAUCAAUAUAGGAAGCAAUGAUUACAUCAACAAUUACCUUAUGCCUGAUAGAUACUCAAGCAGCCAAAUCUACAGUGGAGAAGAGUAUGCAACUCUCCUUAUCAAGACUCUCUCUGCUCAAAUCUCAAGACUAUACAACUUAGGUGCAAGAAAGAUGGUGCUAGCUGGAUCAGGACCAUUAGGUUGCAUACCGAGUCAGUUAUCUGUGGUAAAGGGAAAGAACAGCAGCGGGUGUGUGAGAAAAAUCAACAAUUUGAUUUCAAUGUUCAAUUCCCGACUCAAAGAUCUACCAAACACUCUUAACACAACUUUUCCAGGAUCUUUCUUUGUCUAUCAAAACUUCAAUGAUCUCUUUCAUGACAUGGUUGUGAAUCCCUCUAGAUAUGGUCUUGUGAUACCAAACAAAGCAUGCUGCGGUAGUGGAAGAUAUGGAGGAGGGUUAACGUGCCUUCCAUUGCAGCAACCAUGCUUGGAUAAGCAUCACUACGUUUUAUGGGAUGCAUUUCAUCCAACCGAGAUUGCCAACAAAAUCUUAGCUGAAAAUACAUUCAGCAAGUCUGCCAAAUACUCUCACCCUAUCAGUUUCUAUGAGUUGGCUAAGCUGUGA